GCGGCACUCCAACCUUUUCCGCAAACCCUCCCCCCACUCCGGCACCCUCCCAUCCCAACAUCCCUUACCCCAAUUACCACUUUCCUCUCUCCCUCCCACAACCUCCAUUGCUGUUUAUCGUUGGUUGCUGCUCGCCUCUCCCGUGCCUGACUCCGGUAACGUAACUGUUUGUGCAUACUGCUGGCUUACGGAUAUGGAUGGUCAACCCUCAGCGGUUAAUUUUGGGGAAGAGCUGAAGGUGCGGUUUUCCCUUCUGGAGCUCGUGCCUCCCUGGGCUCCCUAUGGCUAAUUUCGCUUUUCAGGACGCAUUUAAACCUAUCAGCGCUUGGGUAAUUCGUCCACACCCCACCCACGUCGAUUUGCACAGGGGCAAGGCUGACUUACGCAAUCUUCGAUAGGUAGCCGGUGGGAUCGCGUGGCUCGACGAUAUACAAUCAUUCUACCGUGAGAGGGCUGUGAUAGAGAAGGAGUACGCUGCGAAGCUCAACGCUCUAACAAAAAAAUAUUUCGAGAAGAAGGCCAAGAGGAGCUCGAGCCUCAGUGUUGGUGAUGCACCGCUCAUGACUCCGGGCAGCCUAGAAAGGUAUCAUAGCUCACCGGUCGCGGAUAUCGGCCCUCCACACCUCUAACUGCUUUCGUGCGACUCUAGUGCCUCGUUGACUACAUGGACCACUAUUCUCACCGCAACGGAAUACGUUUCGAAAGAGCACGACAAUUUUGCCGCGUGCCUCUCGGUUAAUGUAUGCGAUUCCCUGAAGUCAAUUGCAGCUCGCUACGAAGAUUACCGGAAACGCCAUGAAUCGUUUGCCGCCAAACUGCUGGCGGAAAGGGAUUCGGUCUACUCCGAUUUGAAAAAGUGCAAGGAUUCGUACGAUGCGACAUGUAGAGUUGUCGAGGAGAAGAGGGCCAAGGUCGACAAAAGUUAUGACGCAGCAAAGCCUAAAGCUGAAAAGUCCUACCAAGCACAAUUGAUCGAAAUGAACAAUGUGAAGGUGAGUUAAGCCCGCAUCCGCUUUGUCCGGCUUUUAAUGGCCACCAUCGCUCCACUCCAUAAAAGCUGUGUUUGGGCUAACUCUAUGCUGCUGAACAAGAACGCCUACCUACUACAGAUUGCUGUUACAAAUAGGCAAAAGCACAAAUACUUUCAUGAAGACCUCCCGGAACUGAUCAACGUACUGCAUCCUUCCCUAUUGUCAAAAGCGAAUGAUGUCUAAGCCUCACUAGUCAUUGCAAGACCUGAACGAGACCCGUGUCACCAAAUUAAAUGCCCUCUGGACCUUGAGCAAUGAGCUUGACUCAACCUGUCGUAAAAAUACAAUAUUCCAUCUUUCAGGAGCUAUAGCAAAGAUUGCCCGUAAUAUCCCUGCUUACGACUCUACAAUGUUUGCCAAACACAACAUGGCAGGUUGGGCCGAGCCGUCCAACUUUGUGUUUGAGCCAAGUCCUAUAUGGCAUGAUACAGAUGAAAUAGUUGUUGAUGAGAAUGCCAAGGUUUUCUUGAGAAACUUGCUGGGGAAGAGUCGGCGAGGUCUCGAAGAUGCAAAGACACAUGUUGAGUCUAGACGGAAGGAGAUCGGUGAAUUAAGGAAGUUAAUCGACACUGUCAAGCUUGACGAAAGCAAGAUGCAGAGAGAGAUUGAUGCGACCAGAGUGAGAUCCCUCUUGUUAACUUCAACUUGCAUGGUUUCAGUUGGGUAGCUAAUGCACCCCAGAGCAUAUUCUACAACUUUGAGGAACUGGCGCCUCAUUCAACAAAACUAACAACGCUCCGAGUUGAAAUUGAAACCAUUUUGGGGGCGGUGGGUGAAAUUGAACGUGGAACGCAAACCCACAAGUUCAAAGCCACAACCUUCAAAAUCCCGACAAAUUGCGACUUCUGCAAUGAAACUCUCUGGGGCCUGAAAAGCAAAGGCUUUACUUGUCAGGAUUGUGGCUAUUCAUGCCACAAACACUGCGAGAUGAAGGUCCCAGCAGCUUGUCCUGGAGUGUUAGACAAGGCUGCAAAAAAGGCUUUGAAGGAGGAAAAGCGGGCGAGCAUGGCUAUCGGUGGAUCGAACGGGAAUGAUACGGAACUAAGCCGUAGUAACACCAUGAAUUCCCUAUCCUCUAGUUACUCAGGGGGGAGAUUAGGCACCAAAUCUUCUGCCAAUAAGUUAUCAACUGGCGUUAGCCCUAGUACGACAAGCGUCGAAUUGGAGGCCGCCCCCGGUAUUGCCCCUCCGAGGAGGAAUAGGGUCAUAGCUCCGCCGCCGGAGCGAUAUAUCUCACCGCCUCCUGAGCCCAUAGCGGAGCUCCCAGAGCAUGGGAAGCGAGAGAAGGCCGGACGGAUGAUAUAUACAUAUUCAAGGACAGGCGAGGGUGAAAUAAGUGCCGAGGCAGGGGCAGAUGUAGUUGUCAUCGAGCCGGAUGAUGGGUCAGGAUGGGUCACGGUUCGCUCAGGGCAUACUGAAGGCCUUGUUCCCGCCACAUACAUUGAUGUUGAUCCAUCACCCACGGCGCGCCCAAGCAGCGUACACUCUUCCUCCAACGCAUCGAUAGCGAAUUCGACAUUCAGCACAGGGAAAAAGAAGGGCCCUGCCGUGAAGCCGAAGCGGGGUGCCAAAAGGGUAAAACACGUUGAAGCCCUAUACGACUAUGAGGCAAGGAGCGGCGCAGAACAUAGCAUGAUUGAAGGCGACAGGUUUGUGCUGGUCAAGGAAGACGAUGGGAAUGGAUGGGCGGAAGUCGAGAAGGGUGGCAUCGUGAAGAGUGUGCCGGCAACAUAUGUUCAAGUCGUCGAAGGGUAAAGUUAGCUUGCGCAGGAAAGUGUGAAUAUUUCUUCAAGCGCCUAUACAGUGGAAGGGAUUUGAUUGAGGCAGACUAUUUUAUGUUCUAUUGCGUUGUUUCUACUUUAUUUUUUUUCCUUCCCAAGGAGUUGAAGGCGUUAGACGGGUUAUUAUUGCAAGGGUUUCCCUUCGGCACGAUUUGAACUCUUGUUUUUUUUCUUCUUCUUCUUCCUCUUCUUCUUCUUCUUUACAGGCCACUAGAUACAGAGUGCAAGCUUGUGUUGUCCGUUUUAAUCCAAAAUUGCCCACUGUAGCUGUCUAUAGGGAGUCAAGUCAAGUUCUGUAAAAAAAAUUCUAUUAUUAUUAUUGUUUGGG